AUGAGAUUAAACAGCUUAAGUAACUAUCUUAAUUGCAUUGUGUCCCCCUCCUUUUCCCUUACCAGAUGUGCAGUAUGUGAAGCUCCGGCCGUGGUGAUUGCAGUUCACAGUCAGACCAUCCAGAUUCCCCAUUGUCCUCAGGGAUGGGAUUCUCUUUGGAUUGGCUAUUCCUUCAUGAUGCACACAAGCGCAGGAGCAGAGGGCUCAGGUCAAGCCUUGGCCUCCCCUGGUUCCUGCUUGGAAGAGUUUCGUUCAGCUCCGUUCAUUGAAUGUCAUGGGCGGGGUACCUGCAACUACUAUGCCAACUCCUACAGCUUUUGGCUAGCAACUGUAGAUGUGUCAGACAUGUUCAGCAAACCUCAGUCAGAAACGCUGAAAGCAGGAGACUUGAGGACACGUAUUAGCCGAUGUCAAGUGUGCAUGAAGAGGACAUAACAUUUUGAAGAAUUCCUUGUGUGUUUUUAAAUGUGAUAUAUAUACAUAUAUAUAUAUAUAAAAUCCCCAGGAUGCAACGUCUCACUCCUCCCAACUUUACCACUGCUGCCACCAAUGGUGCUACUAUACACGGCCAAGAGGACAUGGAGAUUCAGAUGUACCUCAACAAUAUGCCAGAGCGAGGUCUCUCUUAGGUUUCUAUGAACGAAAUAAGGAAGUGAAUUUACUUUUUGGGUCCAGAAUGACUUUCCCCAAGGAUUAUAAGAUGAAGAUUAUAUAUUUUGCCCAGUAACUUCAAACAGCACGUUAAAAAUUCAGUUAAGAGAAGAAUCACACUGAGUAAAAUAAAAGACUGCAGUUUGGGGGAAGAAUUAUUUUUCAUGGUGCUACUAAUCCUACUGUAUCCCAGGUUUUUAAUAUAAAAGUGUUAAGCUUAUUUUGCUCUGUAAGUAAAGAAUGUGUAUAUUGUGUAAACAGCCUUUUAGUUCAAAGUGUUGACUCAUUUAGAUGUGACCUGACAUGUAUCACUCUUCAAAGACAACCGAGGCAAACCUAGAAUACAGACAAAAAAAUUUUGUAUCCAUGUUUAUCAAAGUGAAAGAAUUUAUAUUCUUGCAUCAAGUUACUACUGAGAGUAAAUUUAUUUUGAGUUCUGUCCCCUAAGUUCUUAUUUGACUUUUUUUUUUAAAAAAAUAGGUCAUUUUAGAAUUUUAAAUGGUCAUGUUACAUACCAAAUUAUAAUAUCUAAUAGAACAAUUCCUCUUUUGCUAUAUUCUUCAAGAUCUCAAUACCAGAUGCCCCCUUUUUUAAUGUUUCUUGUUUUUGCUCAUCCCUAACUAGGCAAAGUCCUCCCAUAUAAUUUUGAGAAACAAAAAAAAUGAUAAUUUGUUCCCUGUGCUUCUUCUGUAAGAAUUAUUCUCCUGUGGUCUCUGCUUGUACAAGAACUGGGAAGACAAUACUUGGUUAGUCUUCUCUCUUCAGUUACAAAGCCAGUUGAUGUUUCUUCCUCUUUUUUAUUUUAAACAUUUUAUUAUAAAUAGUCCUAGAAUACCUUAUUUCCCUAGUUGUCCUCUUUUCACUUCAUGUUUUUUAACUCACCAUUAUCAAUUUAAUUAAAGAUAUCCUAUGUUGUAAGAA